CCAAACCCGGUCGGCGGCCAUCUUUCCUCCCGGCGGCUGCUCCCGGUGCAAGUGCGGGGUCCGCGGCCCUGCCGGCGCCCUCGGCCUCGGCCGGAGUAGUGGGGAGGCGUGGAUGAGGGGGGAGGUGAGGAGGAGCCGCCCCCCAGUGUCGCCGCCUCCCCCACCCGAGGGCAGGCCGGGCGGGCAGAGCCCCCAAGGCGGGCUCGGGCUCGGGCUCGGAGUCGCUCCCCGCUGCGGCGUAGUCCUCCCGGCAGGCGACCCCUCCUCUCUGGAGACCCCUCCCCGCGGGAGGCCCCUCCCCUCGGAGACCCCUCCCCGUAGGAGGCCCCUCCCCCCGGCAGCCCGCCCCGCCCGCUCCGCUGCUCUCAGGGUCGGGGGCUCCUCCCAGAUGGGAUAAGCUGUAAAGAUGUUUAGUUUUGAAGGGGAUUUCAAAACGAGGCCCAAGGUGUCCCUCGGAGGCGCCAGUAGGAAGGAAGAAAAGGCCUCUCUUUUACAUCGUACUCAGGAAGAAAGAAGAAAGAGAGAGGAGGAAAGGCGAAGAUUGAAAAAUGCAAUAAUUAUACAGUCAUUUAUUCGAGGCUACCGAGACCGGAAGCAGCAACACUCCAUCCAGAGGAGCGCCUUCGACCGCUGCGCCAGCGCCUCGCAGUCCGGUGGCACGUUCUCCAUCGCCAGUGGCCCCAGCCUUACCCUUUUGGUGAGGCGCCUUCUGUUUUUCUACAAACAGAACGAAGACUCAAAACGUCUGAUAUGGACGUAUCAGAACUUAAUAAAACACAGCUCCCUGUUUGUCCAGCAGUUGGACGGCUCUGAGAGGCUUACGUGCUUAUUUCAAAUAAAGAGACUGAUGAGCCUCUGUUGCAGGGUGUUGCGGAACUGUAGUGACGACAGUCUGAAUGUUGCACUUCCCAUGAGAAUGCUUGAGGUGUUUUCGUCUGAGAACACCUACUUGCCUGUUUUACGAGACGCCGGCUACGUGGUGUCCAUAAUUGAACAGAUUUUGCACUACAUGAUUCAAAAUGGGUAUUAUAGAUCUCUCUAUUUGUUAAUUAACAGCAAGCUUCCAUCAAGUAUUGAAUAUUCUGAUAUAUCCCGAGUUCCUAUAGCAAAAAUUCUGCUAGAGAAUGUUCUGAAACCAUUGCACUUUACUUACAACUCGUGUCCCGAAGGUGCGAGGCGACGGGUGUUUCUGGCUUUCACCGAGGAGCUGUUGGCAGCGCCCUUCACAGACCAGAUACUCCACUUCGUCAUCCCGGCGCUGGCAGACCCGCAGGCCGCCUUCCCGUACGAGCCCUUUCUGAGCGCACUGUUGUCGCCGGAGCGCCGGUGGCCCGAGCCGGGCGGCGGGGCGCCCUGGCUUUUCUUCUUCGUUCUCACCGUUGGUGAAAACCACCUGGGGACCCUCUCUGAGGAAGGACUGCUAGUGUACCUGCGAGUGCUCCAGAACUUUCUUUCUCAGCUGCCGGUGUCCCCCGCCAGCACGAGCUGUCAGGAUUCGGCCAGCGACUCGGAGGACGAGGGCGGAGAGGCGGACAAGCGGCCGAGCGCCCCGGAGGACGGUCGACUGUCCGUACCGUACGUAACAGAGGAGUGUCUGAAGAAGUUGGACACGAAACAGCAGACCAACACCUUGUUAAACCUGGUCUGGAGGGACUCAGCCAGCGAGGAGGCCUUCACUCUCAUGGCGUCCAUCGGCCACACGCUAAUGGUGCAGCAUCGGAUGGUGGUGCCCAAAGUCAGGCUUCUCUACAGUUUGGCCUUUAACGCCAGGUUCCUGAGACACCUGUGGCUCCUCCUGUCUUCCAUGACCACACGGAUGAUCACAGGGUCGGUGGUGCCGCUGCUCCAGGUGCUGUCCCGGGGCUCCCCGAUGGCUUUGGAGGACUCCCGCCGGAUCAUCCCUCUCUUCUACCUGUUCAGCUCGCUCUUCAGUCACUCACUGAUUUCCAUACACGACAGCGAGUUCUUUGGGGACCCCAUAGAAGUGGUAGGUCAGAGACCGUCGUCCACGAUGCCCUUCACCCUAGAAGAGCUGGUGCCGCUGUCCCGCUGCCUUCGGGACGCGUGCCUGGGGAUCAUCAAGCUGGCGCACCCGGAGACCAAGCCCGAAGUGCGGGAGGAGUACGUCACGGCCUUCCAGAGCGUCGGGGUCACGACCAGCGCUGAGGUGCAGCGGUGCGUCCAGCUGGAGCAGAAGCGAUGGGUGCAGCUAUUUAAGGUUAUCACCAACCUCGUGAAGAUGCUGAAGGCCAGAGACACCAGAAGAAACUUCUGUCCUCCAAACCACUGGCUGUCAGAGCAGGAAGACAUUAAAGCAGAUAAGGUCACCCAGCUGUACGUUCCGGCUUCCAGACGCGUGUGGCGGUUCCGGCGGAUGGGGAGGAUCGGGCCCCUGCAGUCGAGUCUGGACGUGGGUUUGGAGUCCCCGCCGCUGUCGGUCUCUGAGGAAAGACAACUCGCCAUCCUGACGGAGUUGCCCUUUGUGGUUCCAUUUGAGGAGCGCGUCAAGAUCUUUCAGAGGCUGAUUUAUGCAGAUAAGCAAGAGGUGCAAGGAGAUGGUCCGUUCCUGGAUGGAAUUAAUGUCACAAUAAGAAGAAAUUAUAUUUAUGAAGAUGCUUAUGACAAACUUUCCCCAGAAAAUGAGCCCGAUUUGAAGCAGCGGAUCCGCGUGCACCUGCUCAACGCGCACGGCCUGGACGAAGCCGGCAUCGACGGCGGCGGGAUUUUCAGAGAGUUCCUCAGUGAGCUGCUGAAGUCGGGCUUCAACCCCAACCAGGGGUUCUUUAAGACUACUAACGAGGGCCUCCUGUACCCUAGCCCGGCCGCGCACAUGCUCGUGGGAGACUCCUUCGCCAGACAUUACUACUUCCUGGGCAGGAUGCUUGGAAAGGCUCUCUAUGAGAACAUGCUGGUGGAGCUGCCCUUCGCCGGCUUCUUCCUGUCCAAGCUGCUCGGGACCAGCGCCGAUGUGGACAUUCACCACCUGGCCUCUCUGGACCCCGAGGUGUACAGGAACCUGCUGUUCCUCAAGAGCUACGAGGGCGACGUGGAGGAGCUGGGCCUCAACUUCACGGUGGUGAACAACGACCUGGGGGAGGCGCAGGUCGUCGAGCUGAAAUUCGGCGGGAAGGACAUCCCCGUCACCGGCGCCAACAGGAUCGCGUACAUCCACCUCGUGGCUGACUACAGGCUGAACCGGCAGAUCCGCCAGCACUGCCUGGCCUUCCGGCAGGGCCUGGCCAACGUGCUGAACCUCGAGUGGCUGCGCAUGUUUGACCAGCAGGAGAUGCAGGUAUUAAUUUCUGGUGCGCAAGUUCCCAUAAGCCUCGAGGACCUAAAAUCCUUCACAAACUACUCAGGCGGCUACUCUGCUGACCAUCCUGUGAUCAAGGUCUUCUGGAGGGUGGUAGAAGGGUUCACGGACGAAGAGAAGCGCAAGCUGCUCAAGUUUGUAACAAGCUGCUCCCGACCCCCUCUCUUGGGGUUUAAGGAGCUGUACCCCGCGUUCUGCAUUCACAACGGAGGCUCCGACCUCGAGCGGCUCCCCACGGCCAGCACCUGCAUGAACCUGCUGAAGCUCCCGGAGUUCUACGACGAGGCGCUUCUGCGCAGUAAGCUCCUCUACGCCAUCGAGUGCGCCGCGGGCUUCGAGCUGAGCUGAGCGGAGGCGGCGCCGGCCCUCCUCCCACCGCAUGGUCCAGAUGGGCCAGUAAGUCACGGUCACUUACUCUGACGGACACUGCUUUCCAGAUAACUUAGAAUAACAGGGGUCAUGUGCCAUGCGGCUGCGUUAGCAAUUUUGCCACCGAGAACACAGAUUUCAGACUCGCGGCGACGCAGUGAAUUAACCAAAGAUGAAGCUUUGGCUUUGCCCGUGGCCCGGAGCGUCCCCGCCAGGCUCCUGGAGGGCAGCCCGGAGCCGGGCCCGAGGGGAGGAGCCGCGUCCAGGGGGCGGAGCCGGGUCCAGGGGGCGGAGCCGGGUCCGAGGGGCGGUGCGCUGGCGCUCCGGAGCCCCCGCCUCGUGCCGCUCAGUUGUUUACAAUCCUGAUUGUUAAAACGGAAGGCGUUUCUCUCCUGCUGCCUUUUCCCAAAGUGGUUAGGUUCGGGAAAUACACAACAUGAUGAUAUGUUAUUUGUGCUUUCUAAGCCAUUCGCUGCACCGGCCUAGCAUGCUUGUCCCGGGGCCCGGGUGCUCCUGCACGGGGGCGGGGUGAGGGGACGCAGCUCGGGUGGCCCCGGGAAGCGGGAGAGCAGACACUGGCGUCUGAGUCACUUGAACCAAAGUGGCGGCUGCGGCUUUGCACUCAGCGUGGCCCGCUGCGGCCCACCGCCCUCCGCCCUGGGGCGCGUGCCCCUCUCCCCGGACCCUGGGGGGGGGGGGCGCGCCGCCUGCGCCUCUGCUUCUCGAAGGUGCUGCUUCUGAAGGAAGACCAGACUGCCCGCGGCGGGCCUGGGGAGGGGAGGAGUGUCAGUAACUCUCAAAAAGGCACUUUAUCGGGACCUUCCCUGUUGCUGGGUGAUUCCGUCUCUGAAAACGGAGAGCAUGUCAGGGGCGUCGGCUCUGACAGCCAGCGGCCCUCCCGACCGGGGUGCGGAGGGGGGCGCGGAGGGGGGCUGCAGGGCCCCGCACCUGCUCCCCCGCCUCACCCAGCGUCCUGUCACCGGGGCUGGGCGCCGUGCUGUGGGAGUGACCAGAACUUAGCAAUAUGCUUUUAAAUGCGGGGACACUGAAUGACACUUUUAAGACAAUGACCAUAUCAGAACAAAAUGUAUAAUUUCAUAAUUUGAAUAAUAAAUUAAGUGUUUAAAUGCUAUUUGUAGUCUGGAUAUGCAGAAAUAAAGUAAUUAGGGUUUGUC